UCACUUCUCCUCCAGAUGGACCCCAAGUGCUCCUGCCCCACUGGCGGCUCCUGCAGCUGCACUGGCUCCUGCACCUGCAAAGCCUGCACAUGCACCUCCUGCAAGAAGAGCUGCUGCUCCUGCUGCCCCGUGGGCUGCGCCAAGUGUGCCCAGGGCUGCGUCUGCAAAGGGGCCUCGGACAAGUGAAGCUGCUGUGCCUGGUGUCGCGGAGAGCCUGCCCCGGGUGUCAAGAGAGCAACCAGGACAA